GUUACUUAGAAUAUGGCAUGUCCAAGAACCCUACAGGCUACAGAUGUUAGACAUGAAAAAAAAAAUUCUUAUAAAACUUCUUUUUUUCAUUUUAUUGGUGUCUUUGUUAGCAACCACCAUCAUUCUUUUCUAUAAGCAUUAAAAAAAGUUUCUUUUUACAUCAAAGGAACAGUUGUUACAUAGACUGUGACAUAUCCAAGAAACACUCCACAACUUGACAAAAAAAUUAUAUUGUUGGUGUCUUUGCUAGAAACCACCAUCAGAUGAGGGACCAGAAUUGAGCACCACAACUAGCAUCGUUGUUAUCGGCUAUAUUCAAGAUUUGUAGAAAGAGAUGUCUAGGGAAAUCGAAGAGAUUGGAGAAGAUAGCAAGAUUAGUACGAUAAAAGAUGCAGAAACUAAUGAUGUUUAUGUAGUUGUUGGAAAAAAUGACUUGUAUGUUGUUCAAUGGGCACUUGAUCAUGCUGUUUCCCCUGGAUUUCGCGUCUGCCUCGUGCAUAUUUUUCCUACUAUCAAGUACAUUCCAACACCAGUUGGGAACUUAUCAAGAAGCCAAUUGAGCAAAGAGCAAGUGCAAGUCUACAUCAAUGAAGAGAAUAACAGGAGGAAGAGUCUCUUGGUGAAAUACAUUCGCCUAUGCAACGAUGCCAAAGUACCAGUUGAUACUAUGCUUGUGGAAAGCAAUUCACCAGCUAAAGCUUUACUUGACCUUAUACCUGUUGUCAACAUUACCAGCCUUGUUAUUGGAAAUAGGCCACCGCGUUCCACAAGGCUAGUAAAGAAGGGACAAGAUAUAGGAGAAUAUGUUCAAAAAAAUGCACCAGAAUUCUGUGAGGUUAAAGUGGUUAGCCAAGUGCAGCAGCCAAAACAGAGUUGUGAUCUAAGGCAGCCUGAGAUUACAAGGAAUUUCCUUGAAUGCAUAUGCUUUUCCAGAAAAUUCGAUUGAGAAAACAACAUGCAAGAGUAGGUGGAACAGGAUGGACCUCAGAGACACGUACAAUCUCCUCUAGUGGCGCGGUUUCAUCAUCAGUCACAAGAGUCUGGUAUUGGACUUUGUAAUGUAAAGCGCCAACGGGGUAAAGAAUAGUUGCACGUAAGUAAGAACCUAUAAAGCCUAACAACUUGACUUGCAACUUCAACUUCAUCACCAAUUUGAUGUGUUGUUGUUUGUUGUCCCUUAUAUACUUUUUCUCUUAUUUCAUCUGAAAUAAAAUCAAUUAUUAAUUGGUGAUUA